CCUCUUCUCAGCUUUACACUUUGUCCCGGCAGCAAUCGGCUGAGCCGUCCCCCGUCUCCGGCCAGCUCCGACGACCAUAGACUCCUUCACCCGUUUGCUACCCGUCGGGACCCCGAAAGCUCCGGUUCCUGCCCCAAUUCCCUGAGCCAGCCGCCCCCCGAGCCUCCCUCAACCCCCAAAUCCCGGGCAAAACAUCACCGGGUUCCCCGUUGUCCUACGCGCUCCGGAUCCGCGCGGGGUACACGUCGCCCCUUCCCCCCCGGACCCCGCUCUCCCGACCCUAACCCCUCCCUGAGACAGGGGGGUGGGGAGGGCAGAGCUCUCCGCGGCUGGACUGAGACUCGGGAGGCCAAGCGUCCCCCUCAGCAGGCCCCGCCUGGGCCUCUCGGCUCGGCUGCCCUCCACUGCCCCCCUGGCCCCGCCGUGCUUAUGCCGAAGAGCAGGGCAACACGAGCCCAAGGCUCGGCACUUACUCGGGAAGAGUUUCCACCUGCUAAGACUCCUUAAUGACUGACCAAAACUGAGACUGGACUGUGAGCACCUGAGGGCUUUCCUGUGGAGCUCGGAGGGGAGUGGCGCAAAGGACUUUUCUUACAAGCCGAGGAUGCUGGAAGAACACCAUACCCCCCCUCCGGGGGAGGCAGACGCUGUCCCAAGAGCGGGAGGUGGAAACGCUCCAGUGGGAAGCCCGCCCUUUACCAGACAAAGGGCUCAGAGGCAGCAAUCCACCUCCUCCACCGACUCCACUAUUCUGCCCCGGCGAGCCACCGGACUCCCAGACGCGGAGGGGAAUCAGCCCCAUCACUAUUGGCCUUUUGCCACUAGUGACCUCUACAAUUGGAAAGCUCAGAAUCCUAAGUUAUCCAAGAAACCGGCAGGGCUUAUUGAUUUAUUAGACUCUGUUCUUUUUACCCAUCAGCCCACGCGGGACGAUUGCCAGCAGCUUUUGCAGGUCCUGUUCACGACUGAGGAAAGAGAAAAAAUCCUCAAUGAAGCCCGAAAACUAGUUCCGGGCGCAGACAGGAAUCCCACCACCAACCAGGCUCAGAUAGAUGCCUCCUUCCCCUUAACUCGGCCCAAGUGGGAUUUCAACACGGCAGAAGAGGGCUCCAGAAGGCACACGAGGACAUUUGGCCGCGCCUCCGUGCCAUCUGCGAGGCUGGCCCUACUCCGACACCUCAUCAGUACAGGCCGGGAGACUGGGUCUACGUCAAGAGGCACCGCUGAGAGACCCUCGAGCCGUGCUGGAAGGGACCCUACAUCGUGAUGCUGACAACCCCCACCGCUCUCAAAGACGGCAUCACGACCUAGGUCCAUCACACCCACAUUCGGCCAGCAGACCCCUCCUCCAUCUGGAAGGACUUCGUCACACAACAGGCCCUCAAUCGGGACCAACACAACCCGCUCAAGCUCAGGCUACAACGCAUUUGACCCACCUAAUAUUGGUAACUGUUAGCUCUGCUUGUCACUGCUCAUGCUGCCAAGAGUCCCCACACCCCCCAAAACAUCACCUAGCAGAUCAUAGACCCCAGCUCAGGGACGAUACUUAAUCAUACUUCCCAGAGCCACCCCAAGGACACUUGGUUCCCAGAACUUUACAUAGACCUCCAAACUCUGCUCCCCUUGUCACCAUAUGCCCCCAGAUUCCAUGUGCAGAACCUUUAUUUCUACGUCUGCCCCGGCCACUCUUGCUUGAGCACAUGCAGGGACGCGGCUGACUACUUUUGCGCCUCCUUGUCAUGUGUCUCGAUGGGGCACAUCUGGUGGACCCCACCACGCACCAGAGAUCUCAUCGUGGUAAAGCGGCCCAGUGGCCCCCGACCGCCAUAUGCCUGGGGGUGCGGUAAUCCCAUAGUCAUAUCCUUUACAAGCCAAGGUGAAAAAACAACAGGAUGGGGGAGUGGAAAAACCUGAGGACUCAGGAUAUACGACCGGGUUAGGCUGGGAGCCAAGGACAAGGGAACAUUAUUUACCCUCUGAAUGCAAGUGACUCCCCUUGCCCAGCAGUCCCCCACGGGGGUAGGACCCAACCAAGUACUAGUUCCCUGACCUGCCCCCGCCCGGGCGGCCAUGCCCAGAAACACCCAGGCCCCGGCCACACAGCCCUCCAUAUCUCCUGUCCCUACCAGAGCGUCACCCGCAUCUCCUGCCCCAGGUCACAACUUACUAUCUGAUGCAGACCUCCUGUGGAGCAUGGUUGUCGGAGCAUACCAGGUACUAAACACUUCUAGGCCCGACCUGACCAAGUCCUGUUGGCUCUGUCUAGAUGUCCGGCCCCCAUAUUACGAAGGUAUUGCCAUUAAAGGCAAUUAUACAACAGCCUCCAACUCUAGCUCCUGCAGAUGGCAGCAGGCUACUGCAAGACUAACCCUCCAGGCGGUAACAGGGCAGGGCACUUGCAAAGGCCACGUGCCCCCCGGGCAGUCACAUCUCUGUAGUGAAACCCUAACAGUCCCCAGGGAGACAGUGUAUCUACUUCCCCCCCAAAAAUGCAUGGUGGGCCUGUUCCAGGGGCCUCACUCCCUGCGUCCACUCCCAAGUCUUUAACUCCUCGAAAGAAGGCUUCUGCAUACUCGUGCAGUUGAUCCCCAAGCUAGUGUACCAUUCGGGGAAAAAAAUACUUAACAGGUUAGGCUCUACUAACCCCCGAAGUAAGAGAGAGCCUAUUACAACCCUAACUCUGGCUGCGCUCUUGGGACUGGGAUUAGCGGGGGCAGGGACCGGAAUAUCCUCACUCGUCAUCCAGGACAAAGACUACAGAACCCUAAGGGCAGCCAUUGACUUAGACAUAGAAAGAAUUGAGAAAUCAAUUUCUCAUUUACAAGAAUCCCUUACUUCCUUAUCAGAAGUAGUACUCCAAAACUGAAGGGGAUUAGACUUAUUCAUGCAGCAAGGAGGACUAUGUGCAGCCCUAGGGGAAGAAUGUUGCUAAUAUGUUGAUCACUCGGGGGUCGUAAAAGAAUCUAUGGCCCUCAUAAGGGAAGGGCUACAAAAAUGAAAGUUAGAGAACAAUCUCAGUCCUGGUACGAGUCUUUGUUCAACUGGUCUCCCUGGUUAACUACCCUCAUCUCGGCCCUUGCUGGACCCCUCGCCAUCCUGCUCCUACUAGUAACCCUCGGACCCUGUAUCAUCAACAGGCUGGUCUAGUUUGUCAGGGACCGCAUGGGGGCCAUCCAACUAAUGGUCCUCCGUGCUCAGUACAAGGCCUAAUAACAGAAGAGGACAAAAUAGAAAUGCAGCCGGUCCCAUGAUCAGGUCUGCAAGCUACAUGACAAGGGGGGAAUGAAAGAGUGAACCUAGACUGGCCGACUCCAUUUUGUUCUGUGUCCUCCAUCUUGAGUGACUAUGUCCCUGACAUGGCCCCCUUUCCAGGAAAACCACAGAAAGAAAUUCCCCCGCUCAAACCUCACACCACGCCUCCUCCCCUUGAGUAACUUCCUGCUCACCCGUUUAAACUUCCCGUUCAAACCACGCCCGGCAACCUGCGCAACGGGACUCUGACCCUUCCCCAGCCAAUCGGCUAAGGCCACAACCAUCACCCCUCCAACUGCCCCUAGAUCUCUAUAAAACCUUUGUGCUUUUAAAACUCGCUCUCUCUCACCGCUGCAUCGGUGCAGGUAGGGGAUUGAGCUCCUGCUAGCUCGAAUAAAGGCUCUUUGCUUUUGCA